CGUCUCAGCAGGACCCGCCUCCAAAUGUUCAUCAACAAUUCCCUAAUGCUGUUUAUUCAUUUCUGUUUGCCUAUAUACCCCAAUCUGACUUCUUUGCAAUGUGCAAAGUUGAGUCUCGAUUUCGAAUGUACUUAAUUUGACAGCCAACCCAAGAAGGCAAGGCGGCGUUUGUCAGCCUUGGAGCCACGUCGACAACAUAUCCGAGGCCGCGUGGGGACAGUGUUCCGGAACGUACUUGACGAUACGCAAUCAUGAGUCUCACCAACCCUCCCUCAGGAGCCUCUGCGCCCUCAGGAGCUCGAACCCAAGGUCUAAAACGGAGUGUUCAGGCUGCGUUUGAUGACCCCAAUGACCGCGGGAUCGGCAAAGGCUAUCAGACCAAAGUGCGCAUCAUAGACAAGUACAAAAUCAUUGGCUUCAUUAGCAGUGGUACCUAUGGACGCGUCUACAAAGCCAUAGGCCGUCAAGGCCAAACGGGCGAAUUCGCCAUCAAGAAGUUCAAGCCCGACAAGGAAGGGGAGCAGAUCCAGUAUACCGGCAUCUCUCAAUCGGCGGUGCGCGAAAUGGCGCUGUGCUCCGAGUUGAGCAACCCCAACGUCAUCCGGCUGGUCGAGAUCAUCCUCGAGGACAAGUGCAUAUUCAUGGUCUUCGAAUACGCCGAGCAUGAUUUGCUGCAGAUCAUCCACCAUCACACCCAAAAUCCACGACACCACAUACCCCCGGCGACGGUGAAGAGCAUCAUGUUCCAGUUGCUGAACGGAUGCCAGUACCUCCACGCCAACUGGGUACUGCACCGCGACUUGAAACCGGCCAACAUCAUGGUCACCUCUACGGGACAAGUCAAGAUCGGCGAUCUGGGCCUCGCCCGGCUCUUCCACAAACCCCUCCACUCCCUCUACAGCGGCGAUAAGGUAGUCGUAACGAUCUGGUACCGAGCCCCCGAACUCCUCCUCGGCAGUCGGCACUACACGCCCGCCAUCGACAUGUGGGCCAUCGGGUGCAUCUUCGCGGAGCUGCUCAGCCUCCGCCCCAUCUUCAAAGGCGAAGAAGCCAAAAUGGACAGCAAGAAAACCGUCCCCUUCCAGCGCAACCAGAUGCAGAAAAUCGUCGACAUCAUGGGUCUCCCCACCAAGGAACGUUGGCCCUACCUAACCAGCAUGCACGAGUACAGCGCGCUGGGCACGCUGCAGGCCCCCAUGAUGGCGCACCACCACCACGGCGGAGGGGGUCACCACCGGAAUAGCCACGCCGCCGCCACCGCCGCCAGCACGAGCCACCUCGAAAAGUGGUACUACAGCACCAUUGGCGCGCACUCGAGCACGUCGGCGCCUAGCUCCAGUACGAGUCUUGCUUCCCUGGGAGCGGAGGGGUACAAGUUGUUAGCAGGUUUGCUUGAGUACGACCCGGAGAAGAGGCUCACGGCGCAGCAGGCGCUGCAGCAUCCGUUCUUCUCGACGGGGGAUAAAGUCAGUAAUAAUUGUUUCGAGGGAUUGAAGACGAGUUAUCCACAGAGGAGAGUUAGUCAGGACGACAACGAUAUCAGGACUAGUUCGUUGCCCGGGACGAAGCGGAGUGGCUUGCCGGAUGAUAGCCUUGUGAGGCCGGUGAAGAGGGUCAAAGAAGGGUGACGGGUGGAUCGGAUAUCAAACGAGGUGCAUUGGGCAUGGGAGGCGUUGUAGAUAGAUAGAGUAACGUACAACCCCACCUUUCCGGCCACCCACCUUUCUGGCCACAUAUUGCAAUCCAAUUGAAGGUAUUCGAAACAGUAUAUUCAACGUAC